AUGGAGUACAGUAGAACAGACUUCUCUUAUUCUUGCUCCGCUUCCUCCAGAACCAUGUCUGACAAACUCUAUAUGACUGAGAUGGUGAAAUUUGAUAAGCUGAAACUGAAGAAGAUGGAAAUGCAAGAGAAAUAUUCUCUGCCUUCAAAAGAAACGAUUGAACAGGAGAAGCAAGCAGGCGAAUCGUAAUGAGGCGUGCACAGUCAAUAUGCACUGUACAUUCCACAAGCAUUGCCUUCUUAUUUUACUUCUUUUAGUUGUUUAACUUUGGAAGAAGCAAA